GGUGUCUGAGAAGGGGUUCUAUUAUUAGAGAAAGGAGAAUUGAGAGGUAAUAACCAUCAUUCAGACCGGCAGGAGUUCCCUGCAGGUAGCCGACAGAGAAAGCGAACUCGUACGUACACCCUCUUUGGGGACAGGCUCUGUUGCUUUCUAUUUCUUCGCCUGCAGCCAGGGUGCACAUUUAUUUGAAACGGAUUGGAUUUCCUGUUCAAUGACUGGUCAGGUUGACUCUUCAAGACAAUUUCUUUUUAAUGUUUCCAAUGCCUUUUUAUUUUUAUUUUCUAUUUUCUAUUUUUUUUAAAGGUUGAGGGGGAAGCGAUCAGCUGAAAUUCUGGCUAGGUGAGUCGGGGGUUCUCAGAAAUGAGAAAGAGGGAAAGGAAACGGACAUAGAAGCCGGAGAGCAAAGCCGCAGCCCCCGGCCCCGGUAUCCCUCGCUCCUCCUACCCCCAACCUGUGACCUCCCGUGGAGACCCCCGGCUGCUGCCUCAGUAUUUGAUCCCCCUUCGCCAGUGAGUUGCCAGCACUCGCCGGCGGGGCUUGCCAGGAAUCGCCCGCGCUGCACUGCAGCCGGCGCCCGGGCCCCGCAGGGGGCUUAGGAAGAACCAGCCCUGCGCUCGCUCUCUCUCCAGGGCGCUCUGCUUCGCUGCCGGGCGCAGCGCCCACCAUGCGGGGGUGCCCGCAGCUAGUGCUGCUCUGCGCGCUGCCCUGGCUCCUGAGGGCGGUGGCACCCGAGCGCCCCGCGCAACCUCUCGCGCGGCGCGGAGACCCCCGCGACCCCGCCAGGGGAGCCGAUUUCGACCGAGUCUACAGCGGGGUGGUGAGUCUCAGCGCCGAGAACAUCUACUCCUUCAACUACACCAGCCUGCCGGGCCAGGUAAGACACUCGCUCCCCUUGCUCGACUCCCAGGAACUUGCCAGAUCUCAGAACCCCCGUCGCCGCUUUGGGUCCCUUGGGAAUCGAUCUAGGGAGCCCUCAGAGACCAGGGGACCCUCGUUCCCUUUCUCCUUCAAAGCCAUCACUGCCCAGCCUGAGCUGCCGCAUCCUUCAUUCCAGAGGAGCUACAACUACCAGGAAGUGAGCCGCACCUUAUGUCCCUCAGAAGCCACCAAUGAAACAGGACCCCUGGAGCGGCUGAUAUUUGUAGAUAUAGCAUCCAUGGCACCCCGGGGUGCCCAGUACAAACUGCUGGUUACCAGGAUCAAGCACUUCCAGCUGCAGACAAAUGUUGCCUUUUACUUCACUGCCAGCCCCUCUCAACCUCAGUAUUUUCUAUACAAAUUUCCUGAAGAUGUGGACUCAGUUAUUAUUAAAGUUGUGUCUGAAGUGGCUUACCCAUGUUCUGUUGUCUCAGUGCAGAAUAUCAUGUGCCCAGUGUAUGAUCUAGACCACAAUGUGGAAUUUAAUGGUAUCUAUCAGUCCAUGACCAAGAAAGCUGCCAUCACACUCCAGAAGAAGGAUUUUCCCAGUGAGCAGUUCUUCGUGGUGUUUGUGAUAAAGCCUGAAGAUUAUGCAUGUGGAGGAUCUUUCUUCAUCCAGGAAAAGGGGAACCAGACCUGGAAUCUACAACGAACAAAGAACCUUAAAGUGACCAUUGUUCCUUCCAUUAAAGAAUCCAUUUUUGUGAAAUCCAUUCUUCUCAGCUUCUUCAGCUUUUUCUCCUUCUAUUUGGGAUGCCUGCUUGUUGUGCUUGUUCAUUAUAUCAGGUUUCAGAGAAAAUCCAUCAAUGGAAGCUUUGGUUCCACUGAUGGCUCCGGAAAUAUGGUGGCGUCACAUCCCAUUGCUGCCAGCACCCCUGAAGGGAGCAGUUAUGGGGCAAUAGACGAGUCAAGCUCCAGUCCUGGCAGGCAGGUAUCGCCCUCUGAAGGUGGGCAGCCAUGCCAGUCUGACACAGACAGCUCCGUGGAGGAGAGUGACUUCGACACCAUGCCAGACAUUGAGAGUGAUAAGAACAUCAUCCGGACCAAGAUGUUCCUUUACCUGUCAGAUCUAUCCAGAAAGGACCGAAGAAUUGUCAGCAAAAAAUAUAAGAUUUAUUUCUGGAAUAUCACCACUAUCGCUGUGUUUUAUGCACUACCUGUGAUCCAGCUGGUCAUCACCUACCAGACAGUGGUAAAUGUCACUGGCAACCAAGACAUCUGCUACUACAACUUCCUCUGUGCUCACCCCUUUGGCGUCCUAAGUGCCUUCAACAACAUUCUCAGUAACCUUGGCCACGUGCUCCUGGGUUUCCUCUUCCUGCUGAUAGUCUUGCGCCGGGACAUUCUCCAUCGAAGAGCCCUGGAAGCCAAGGACAUCUUUGCCAUGGAGUAUGGGAUUCCCAAACACUUUGGUCUCUUCUAUGCUAUGGGCAUCGCAUUGAUGAUGGAAGGAGUGCUCAGUGCUUGUUACCACGUCUGCCCUAAUUACUCCAACUUCCAAUUUGACACCUCCUUCAUGUACAUGAUCGCCGGCCUCUGCAUGCUGAAGCUCUAUCAGACCCGCCACCCCGACAUCAACGCCAGCGCCUACGCUGCCUACGCCUCCUUCGCCGCAGUCAUCACACUCACGGUCCUCGGAGUGGUGUUCGGAAAAAACGACGUGUGGUUCUGGGUCAUCUUCUCUGUGAUUCAUAUUCUGGCCUCUCUGGCCCUCAGCACCCAGAUCUACUACAUGGGUCGUUUCAAGAUAGAUGUGUCUGACACAGAUUUGGGGAUUUUCCGGCGGGCUGCUAUGGUGCUCUACACAGACUGCAUCCAGCAGUGCAGCCGGCCUCUGUAUAUGGACAGAAUGGUGUUGCUCAUCGUGGGGAAUCUGGUUAACUGGUCUUUCGCCCUCUUUGGACUCAUCUACCGACCCAGGGACUUUGCUUCCUACAUGCUGGGCAUCUUCAUCUGUAACCUGCUGCUCUACCUGGCCUUCUACAUCAUCAUGAAGCUUCGCAGCUCCGAGAAGGUCCUCCCCAUGCCACUCUUCUGUAUCGUCGCCACCGUUGUGGUGUGGGCUGCCGCCCUCUAUUUCUUCUUCCAGAAUCUCAGCAGCUGGGAGGGAACCCCAGCUGAAUCCCGGGAGAAGAACCGGGAGUGUAUCCUGCUGGAUUUCUUUGAUGACCAUGACAUCUGGCACUUCCUUUCAGCCACUGCCAUGUUUUUCUCAUUCUUGGUUUUGUUAACCCUGGAUGAUGACCUGGACGUGGUUCGGAGGGACCAGAUCCCUGUCUUCUGAACCUCCAGCGUUACGAGAGGGGGGAAAGGUAGCCACCGAGCUUGGUGCUGUUUCAUGAAAAAUAUAGGGACUGCAGCAAAGUAACCACUGCCAAACACUCCACUCACCUUCCGUGGAGUCAACUUAUCAUACAUUCACCCAGGGAAGAGAUGAGCGAGGGGAGAUUCAAACCUGCAAGAUGGGACACAGAAGGGAAGUCAUGGCUGUGGACAGAGGCAAGCCCUGAAGAGCCGAGAAACACCCAUCCCUUUAUACUGCACCUCUGAGCUAGACAUGGACAAACUGCAUCAAAGACAACUCGCUACCUUGGGACUCCUCCCACCCUCAGCCGGAACUUGACAGCAAUGGCAGAAUUAUACUUAACUCUUCCCUCCAGCUGCCUCUGUGCCCAAAAAGGCCAGCAGCUUGGAUUUCCUGCCCAGAAACAUUAGGUGGGCCCCUUGGCACCUCUGCAACAUCUGCUGCUCUAGAUAUCUCAAAGCACCAGCUUGCUUCUCCAGGGCCCUGGGAUGAUGUGGUUCCUCAGGGUCUGGUAGAGGGGUGGACCCGACGCCCUACCAAACUCGGAUAGAUGUUUUAGCAGCACCAGCUGGUCACCUCCUCGGAAAGAAGGCUAUGUGUUUCCCCAGGUUCCUGACCCCCUUAGAAAGACUCUGGGCCUUGUCACACACUCCUCCUAACAGGUAACUAACUCUCUGGGACCAAGGUUUGGGUGCUUACCUAGUCCUUAGUGUCUUGAUCUCACUGCUGUGUGUUGACCCCAUAACUCAGGCUCUCCCUUCUUGAGAUGGCCCUGUUACUCCACAGAUCAGCUCCAAGGUGGAAGACGAAAUGGGAGAACUUUUCUAGCAGCAGGAGGAGCAAGAGAAAUGACUGACAGUGCUAAGACAGUGUUAACAUCAGCAUCAAGCAAACAGGCCUUACCCUAUGGACUUGGGCUCCUGGAGCAAGUUCAGCAAAGACAAAAGUGCUUCCUGAGGCCUCCUAAUUCAAACAGCUCAAUUCUGUGUCCACAUCACUUCUGGAGAAGAAACAAGUGUUUAACCAGGGGCACUGCUGUAGGGGUCCUCUACCACCGACCAAAACCCUUAUCUGUCACUUUAUGCAGAUCAGGGCCUCCAGGCUUUCUCCCUGAAGUUCUUUAGAAGUAACUCUCAGGGUGAAUGCAUUUUACUCUCUUUAGUUGCAAAAAGCACAGCCGAUUUAGGGUUGUCUAGGUUGCACCUGAUUCUUAUUCUCUCCCCAGUAAGAUGUUGAAAGUUCAGCACCCCACUUCCCUCUCAUGCUGUCUGGCAGCUCUGCCCCUAAGAGUCCUGUUUUGACCAGGUUUCCUUGUUACCUGGAGUGUGAUGUAAUGAGAAAUAUGCAUUUGGGUUGGCCGAAUGGCUCAGUUGGUUAAGAGCGUGAGCUCUGAGCAACAGGGUCGCUGGUUUGAUUCCCACAUGGGCCAGU